AAAGUGCCGUGUACUGCUAAUUGCUAAUCCACAGACCAUACUUGAGCAAACAUCAAAGAGGCAAAAAUGGAGCAGACUUUCAUCAUGAUCAAGCCUGAUGGUGUCCAACGUGGCCUGGUUGGUGAGAUUAUCAGCAGAUUUGAGAAGAAAGGAUUCUCUUUGAAAGGCUUGAAGCUCAUUACUGUGGACCGUGCCUUUGCUGAGAAGCAUUACGCAGACUUGUCGGCGAAGCCUUUCUUUAAUGGGCUUGUUGAGUAUAUUGUUUCUGGACCUGUUGUUGCUAUGGUCUGGGAGGGUAAGGGUGUAGUUGCCACUGGCAGGAAGAUCAUUGGAGCAACCAACCCCUUGGAGUCUGCUGCUGGAACUAUCCGUGGUGAUUUUGCUAUUGACAUUGGCAGGAAUGUCAUCCAUGGAAGUGAUGCUGUUGAGAGUGCUAGGAAGGAGAUCGCUCUUUGGUUCCCUGAAGGAAUCGCGGAGUGGCAGAGCAGCCUUCACUCUUGGAUCUAUGAAUAGAAGAGUUUUAUGAAUUUAGAACUCUCUUUAUGCUGUUAGCCUGUUUGGUUUUAACUUAUGAAUUUUGUAUGUCAUUUGAAUCUAGAAGUUUGGUAUUUGAGAUUUAAUGAUGUUCCUUAUUUCUAGCAUAUUUUAUAUGUGAUAUUUGAUCUUAUGUGUGUGCUGUUUCAAGCUAGUAAAUUUUAAGCAUGUUUGCUUCACUUGUUUCUCUAUUUUUGUAAAAGAAAAAAGCAGCUUGAAUUUUUUCAAAAAUCAGUGUGUAACGUUACCUUAAUUGUGUGCUGUGGCUCUAUAGAUGGUAGUUGGCAUA